CUAAUAUCUUGCAGUAUAGAAGUGGCUCUAAAUGCUCCGAGUAUUUAAAUUAUUAAGUAGCCACUAAACAACGGUCAUUAGAUCAUAUCAAUGUAGCAACUUGGGGACACGAAUGAGUAGUCACGCGCUUUUUGUUUCGAUUGAACUGUCAAAGCUAUACAUAUGGUAUAUGGUCUUAUCUCACGUAGCACACUAAAGUCAAUCAAGAGUCAUUGGAGGGUUACAAUCCUUUUUCUGAUCCUACCCCAAGAUAUGAAUCUUUAGCACCUGAAACUAACGAAUCAUCUUCAGAUAAUCGAAAUAAAAAUUAUGUUUUCGAUAUUCCCCCACCACCAAUACCACCUACGGAAAUGUAUUCACCAUAUUCAAAAGCUACGGCUGGUGGUGGUAAUGAAAGCGUCUUAGCCUUGGAGCGUAGACAAGCUGAACUUGAAGCUCGUGCAGCCGAAUUAGAUCGUCGAGAAAAAGAACAACAAGCUCGUGUGAAUACAAUUCAUUCAGGUCCAAGUCCACAUAAUUGGCCACCAUUCCCUCCAUUCUGUCCAUGCAAACCAUGUGUUCGACAAGAUUUUGAAAAUGAUAUUCCAUUCGAUUGUCGAUGGAUGGCGAAAAUGGGUUAUGGUAUUUGGUUGGGCUAUGCUAUCUUGUUAAUAUUCAAUAUGUUUGGAGCACUAGGCUAUUUUAUUGUUGGUAAUGGUGCAGCUGAAGGACCAUUGUUUGGUGCAUCAAUUUUAUUAGUGCUUGUUAUGCCACCUAUCAGCUUUUUCGGAUGGCAUCGACCUUUGUAUAAAGCAUUAAGAUCAGAUAGUUCAGCGAAUUAUUUAUUAUUUUUCCUUUUCUUUUCUGGACAAACCGUUAUUGUUUUAAUACAAUGCCUUGGAAUUGAUUAUCUUGGAUCAUGUGGUUGGAUUAAUGGUAUAAAAACUAUAAGUCGUAAUGAUGGUGUUGGUGUUCUAAUGUUAUUGAUUGCUACAAUAUUCAGUAUACUUGCAGGAUUUUGUAGUUUCCUGUUAUUUAAGGUUCAUAGAUAUUAUCGAUCGUCUGGAGCAAGUUUACAUAAAGCUAAACUAGAAAUGGCCAAUGCAGGAGUAUUUGAACGUUCCGGAGGAUUCGGUGCAAUGCCAUAAUUGAAGAAAGAAAGAAAAGGAGAAAACAAACAAUAAUAAAAUAGUAGACAGGCAAUUUUUUUAUAUUAAUCAGUUUACUUGUAACACAGUUUAAUCAAUAUGGAUACAGUUUUUUUUUAUAUAAAAAAAAGAAAAAGAAAAAAGUAACCGGACAUAUUCUGUCCUCACAUAUCCACCCUUAAAACCUCCAGUGAUAUCUUAUUUUUUUUCUCUCUCUUCUGUUCUCUUCUCUUGUCUCUAUGCCCAAUGUUUGUUGUUGUUUUUCUCUGUUUGUUUGUUUGUUUUUUAUUAAAAUUUUUAACUGUGAUUGUUUUUGUUAAGUUUUACAUGUAAAGAAUAAAUAACCAAAUUAACCUAACCAACUAACGGCUGCGAGAUUGUUUUGUUUUCUUUCUUUUUUUUUAUUCAAAAAUUCAUCUAUUUCCAAUGAUAAAUGCUCAUAUAUAUCUAUAUAAACAAAUACACCACCUUCCUCACCCACCCCCACACAUGCUCAUGCACCGUUUAAUAAUAACAUGACGAGUACUUUUCUGUUUUACGUCUUUUUAUUUAUUGAUAUAUUGAAAAUAAAGAAAAAGCCAAUCAUCUCUUCUUCUUUUUUUAACUCAUGGGUGGUAUGGGUAGUCUUCUUCUGUAUACUCAUAGUUGUUGUGGUCUUGUUCAUUAUGAUCACCGACUUUGUUUACCUUCACCAUGAUUACUACUUCUUACUACUACGACUACUACUUUUCUCUGUUUCAAUCUGUCCGUUAUAUUUGUGAGUGCUUUUCAUAGGAUUUAGCUUUCGUUAGUGUGUUUGUUGGUUAAAUCAAAUGGAUUGUAUGGUAUUUUUCACACAUACAUACAAACGAGAGAAAAAAACUUGUUUCAUCAUGUGUUUUUGUUCUCUUCUUAACCCCGUUUUCUUCUUGUUCUUCUUUUUAUUAUUAUUAUCAUCAUCAUUAUCGUCAUGUAUUAACUUGACAGAAUUAAAAUUAAAUGAAAAUCAUUCAUAAGAUUUGUUUCUAUAAUGUUUGUUUUAUUACUUACUUCAAUACAUUAUAUUAUGAAGUUUGUUUGAUUGUGUUAGUAUCUUGAUUAAACCAUGGUACCUUCUUUAAGGGGGGGGCGGCGGGGUUUCCAGUAGUAGUUAACCUAUAGUAAAUUGUAUUCAUAAUAAACAAUUGAGAUUUUUUCUUCUUUACUAUGAUUCAACGAAUGAGAAGUUGAAUAUAUCAAACUUUCGAUACACAACAACAAUAGUAAUAACACUUCAAAGUUAAUAAUCUAUACACUCUAAUAUAAGAUAGAAACGACAUGACUAUCACGAUAGAUUUAUAUUCCAAACUGAAGUUGAUAAUUGAAAAGGAACAACAUGUUAAUAACCUUGAAGCAUAUGAAGUUAGUAAACUUUAAAAGAAAUAACGACCAAUUAGAUGACCGGAAAAAAAAUCAUUACAAAUACGAGUUAGUGGAACGUUAUACAGUUUCAGUCAACUACAACGUAGGACCAGGCACAUACAUGCAUCGGUCCAAGUUGCCAUACUUCAUUAACACAACAAGAUGGACACCGGAUUCAUAAAAGUAGUUAAUUCAAUAGUCAUAAUAUAUAAAAGAAAGAUUGCAAUAAGGAUAUAGUACAGGAAGAAAGAAUUAGUUCGUAGAAAGAAGGGUAUGAAGCUAUUUUAAUCUCUUAUUUUAAGGGAAGACACAGAGUGUAUACACCGACGCCAUUCUAGUCGAUUUUGAGCCAUGUCACACACAGUCUCCAACAAUUGGUUACGAUAGUCACACCGACCACAAACAAGUAGUCUGUGUCUGCCAACAUUGAUAAGACCAGUAGUUAGUGACUUCAAUGACUGAUGCCAUGUCUUCGUUUGGCCGCCCCUAACUUUCUUCCAACACUUGUCAGCAUUGCACGUUGUGGUAAUUGGUGUUCAGGCAUACGUAACACGUGGCCUAACCAUCUCAGUCGAUGAAGAUUCACAACCUCAUCAACUGAUUCAGCAUCAUUCCUUAAUACCCUGCGUCUAACCUCACAAUUACUUACCCGGUGAUCUCAGCAGAUGCAAGCAAUAUUUUUAAGGAAGCUGUGCUCAAAUGCUUGUAGUGUCAGUUACUAUGUUAAGCACCAUAUACUGUAUUCUAACUUUCAG